AUGCCCUAUAAUUUGUAUCAAUCUACAGGCACAAUCGAUGAAAGACCUAUGAUAACGAAUAAAUCUAGUAUCAGUGUUACGCAGGGAGAAGUUGUAAUUGUUAAUGAAACAACAGCCAACCAGAGUGAAGAGAUUAUGCAACAGCGUUUUAAUUUCGAUAUUGCAGCUGAAAGCAAGCGUACACCGACGAACAUUGAACUCUCAGUGACGGAAACUUAUGGAAGCGUCUGUGAAAAAGAGUUUAAGCCUUGUGGAACUACUCCAGACAGACUAAGCAUGAACAUAGCUGCUAUCGAACCUUUUAUUGUUAAUGAAGUUCAAGCGCAAGACAAUUUCGACAAGUAUUAUCCGGAAAUAAUUGUUCCAACUGAGGUAGUUUCAACUUCUGCAACUAUGCAAAGAGUAUUAACUGUUGAUGACAUAAGCAUAAUAGAAAGUGGAAUAGAUCUUAUUACUGACAGAUUUCUUGGAACUCAACAAGUUCAAAUGAAUGUUAUAAAGAAUCAACAAGUUCCAUUGAUUGAAAAGAAUUUCGUUCAACAUAAAGAAGGAGUACUAGUUCUUAAUCGAACAGAAAAUUCUUAUCACUGUAUCCAGAAACUUGAGACUUUCGAACCAAUUAUUACUCAUACUUCUGAAAUAGAAAAUCCUGAAAAUAACUUCAAUAUUCAAGAAACUAUCAAAGUCACAGCUGAUCAGACCAUACUCCCUAGUAUAACACUUCAGAUACGUGACACAAUAAUAUGGGAUAGCAAUUUGAUCUAUAAAUUACAAAAUAAAUCGUUCAAGAAGGUUGUAAGUAAUUACGUUUUACCUUUAAAAAUUGUCAUUAUUUCCGGAAAUGAAAUACAAGAAUCUGAAGGAGUUUUCAUUGAAAAUGAUAGGGUACCUCGAUUGACUGCUGAAACUUGUUUCAAUUACAAAAGACCCAUCACCAACUUGCAUAUUCAGGCAUCUGAUUUUUUGGACGAUGUCAUUCAAAAACUUAAAUAUGUUGGAGAAAAAGGUAAUGUUCUUCUCUUCGAGAAUUCAGCGAAGACUAUAGAAGAGACACUCCUUCAUCAGUCCGAUGGAGUAAUGAAAUUAUUCAGUAGUCCUAGGUUGAGCAGCCCCUUUGAAGUAUACAGUACAAAUAGCGGAAUAGAAGUUUUGCAAAUUGUUCCUGCCGAAAAAGAAAAAAAUCAUGAAAUAGAUAGCAAACAAACUGAAUACUCCCAAAUUACAUCAGUAUCAGGUCAUCCAGUAAUGUAUCUUAAAGUCGAUGAAAGAACAAUUGAAAACAAUCUUUGUUCAAUCACUGAACAUUUUGUUCCAAUACCGAAAUUAGCAACGAUUCAGUAUAAAAACUAUGCUGGAACGAUUAUCGAUAUAAUAAAUACAGUUGACGAUCUUCAAACAACAAAUAAGAGAAAAGUCCCUGAUUUGCAGGUAGGUUCUAUUGUCGUCAGUGCAUCAGAAAACAUGGACAUUAUCGAAGUUUUUGCCAAUUACAAGGAAGAAUACUAUGACAAUAAUAAACCAAUAGAAGAUACUUUCGCAUCAGUGACUCCACUUAUGCAAUCUGCUCUCGAACAACAAGAAGUCAAUUUAAAAUUUUCCUGUGCACGUUUGCCUGAUAGUACACAUGCCAAUUAUCAUUGUGCUCAAUCGACAUUGAUGCUACUUCAGCCAUUGGAAAUUAGAUUUCAAGAAAUUAGUGACAAAGAGGAAUCAGUUCAAGACACUGAAAAUGAACCUUAUACAAUAACAGCGACUACAGAUAUCACUGAGCCGGGAAAAAUCGCAAUAAUUUCAGAAUUUGCCACAAAUGAAAUAGAAAACUCAUAUCUUUCGAAAGGUGAACAAACGGGUUAUGCUUUUUUCAAUUUCACCGAUACACAAAAACUACCAGCAAUUUCAGAAAUUAUAGUUGAACCAACCUUUCAUGAAAUAUUAGUUUCAACUAUGAAGACUUACCAUGCCAUCAUUAAUCAGAAGAUAUGUCAACAUCUCUAUGUCAUUGAAACGGAGAUUGAAGAACAUGAAAAUCCCCAGUUUACACAAAUGCCAAUAGAUGAGAAUUCUGAGCUUGAAAUCUCAGAUUGCCUUUCUGUGACCGAAUCCGCUCCUAAUAUCGUUUUGAACAAAGAAGAUAUCUUCAACAGCUCAUUUUGCUGUGUGACGAUGAAGAUCAAGCCGAAUUUCAUUUUAGGACACCAAUUAGUUAAACAAUUUCAGAUUAUUGUAGAUCUUAGUACCGGAAGAGAUGUGAACAAAAAAUUAGAUGCAGUACGUGCGAGUUUAAAUCAUAAAUUAUUACAUACUAUUCAGAUUUUUGAGCAAUUUAUCAAUGAAGUAGUAAACAUUCAAGUGAAUGAAAAAAUUAUUUUAACAUCACCAAAUUUUGUUAUAAACGAACGAAAUUCUAUCAUCAAUCAUGUCACAACGGUUGAAAACUUUAAUGGAAAAUUGAAAAAAUCAAAAUCAGUCGUUAGUACAACGGCAAAACGAGUCGCUGAAAUUGAAGAGGCAAUCGAACGAAAAGAAUCAAUUCUCCAUGAUAGCGUUACUUUUUUUGUUGAUUCUACUCCUACUGAAUCUUCUGCAACAAAAGAAACGCACCCAUUCAAAUCAGUUGAUGUAUCCGAAACUAUUUGGGGGGAAACUUGCGCCUUUUUAAAAAUUCAUGGAGAUAGCAAGAAAAGUAUUGAUAAUAUCAAUUUUCAAGAACAAAAGUGCAUAUUUAUCGAUGAGCUCAUAACUCAAGAUACUGGCAAAAUUAUUGAUUGUCCAGAACUAUAUAAAAUAUUUUCUGUUUAUAUAUCAGCAAUACCACAAAAAAGUAUUCAGACCGAUGAAACAAUAAUAGAUGAUGUCACAACUCUAAUUGACGAGUUUAAACCAAAAGAAUAUGAAGCACGGGCUAAACAAAAUUUAUUCAAUUCUAUAGUUAUCAAAGAAACCCAACUAGAGGAAAACAAAGAACUUGUGAAUGAAAAUUUAAAACUCGUUUAUAACACGGAUGACUUAUUACUCAGUAGAAAAAAGACCCCAUGGUUGACCGACAGUUUUUUGGAAGACAUCAAAGAUACUAAGGAAAUACAGAAUAGUUUGAGUGUAACAGCCAAAAAAACUAUAGAAAGUCGACAUAUCAAUAUCGUAACAGAGAUAACUGAUUCUCAAAUCAAUUUUAUACCAAAUUUAUUGAACGUAAAAACGGAUCAAGUUCCCUCUACAGCAACGGUCAACAUCCAGGAUAUGAAAUCGAUUGUAAUCAAUUUGACAGAAACUGAUUAUGUAGAAGAAACAUUAAAGGAUGGAUACGACAUGAAAGCUGUUACGGCUCAAUGUAAAUAUGAUGAAUAUGAUAUUGUGCAAAGUACUGAAUUUAACUUAUUAGACAAUGUUGUAUAUGUCAACAAAUCAAACCUUCCUUCAUCUCAAAUAGUGACGAAUUUAUAUGUAUGCAACUCUAUAUCGAACCUUGAUAUACCGGUAGCCGAAAAAGAAAAAUUACUUCAUGACACUAUAAAAGUCAAUAACUGUCUUGGUAAUAUGAAAAUUAUUAAAUAUGUUCCUCUUACUGUAAUAGAAGAUAUAUCGAAUGAAGUUGAAAAUCUUAUUUCCUCUAAUGUAACAGUAAAGAAUGAAAAUGUUAUUGUAAAUAUGACGAGUAAUACACUAUGUCAAAUAGAAGAAACCACGAUAUUCAAAAGAGUUGCAUUGUUUCAACAUUAUUCGACUCAAAGUGAUAGAAAAAGUAAUCUACAAGUAGAUUUUUUGGAUUCUUUAGCUAUUUUUUUUAUUCAUUGUCAUGAAGCUGAGAUAGCGAUUCCACAUUCCGAAAACAUAACAAAAACGUAUGGGCAAAUCAAAUUGGAUUGCAAAAGCACUGCUAAAAUAUUAGUAGCAGAGUUAGUAUCAAAUACUGACAAUUCAGACCAAGCACUAGUUUUGAAAAACGAAAAAUCCCAAUUAACUGUCGUUGGAUUCACAGCUUACGAAGUUUCUCAAUAUUCAACAAAUGAGUUGGAAGAAUAUUUCCAAAAACUUCAAAAACCAACACUUCAAAGUGCAACUCAAGUACUACUAUGUUGUAGAAUAGCUGAAACAUCUGAAAUGAACGAGUUAGCUAGUAUCAAGAACAUGCAAGUUGAUGCUUCUUCUUUUGUUCAGAAAGGAAAAAAAUUAGUCGAUCAGCAGGCAUCUGUUGCUAUUGUGGUUCUUACACCUUUCCAAAGCGAAACAAAUUUGCCAGAAGCAGAAUUUAUGACUCAAGUAGUCGAUCGGUUCAAUAGUUUAAACGAACAUAUGGUCGAGAACUCUGACAUUAUAAUUUUCGGUACUGUCAAUAAACUAUUGGAAAAACAACCAAUCAAGGAAAAGUCAACGGUCGUUAGUAAUUUAUAUUUUGCACUUUCGGUAUUUCAUGAAUUUUCAACAGAAGAUGAGAAAGAAUUACACGAAAGUCAUCCCAAUAAACAGGAAGUGAAAGUUAUGGUAUCAGAACAUAAAAUAAUUGAAGUAUUAUAUGAAAUUGCACUGCAAAACAGCAUUGAAGAAUUUGGAAAAAAAAAUAAUCAAGUUACACAGAAAGCCAACUUUCUAGUUCCUGAGAAGUCAUCAAUCAAUGUGACACAAAUUUUGAUGGAAGAAUCAAAAAGUAUAUUCUCCAAGGACGGGAUUUCUAGUAAUAAGACCAAAAUAGAUUAUCUUCCGUACAAUACUUCUGAAAGAUAUGAAGUUUUGGGAUUAGAGAAUUAUAACACGACGAUAGAUUCUAAACACAUGAUUGAAUUAAACGUUCCUCAAAUUUUUAUAAGUGGAUACAAUGUUGCAACAACAUCAGAAAAGAUAACAUUACAAAGCCUCGGAAAAUUCAUAAGAAAGGAAACUAAACAAGAAAAUUGGGCUGACCGGACUCUCAUGGAUAUAAGAGCAAUAGACAUUUCUCAAAUAUUUUCAAAUGAACGAGAAGAGCUUUUACUAGUGGAACAACAUCAAAAAGAAAGUAUGAUUAAGAGUUUCUAUACUUCAACUCUGAACGAUAACAUUGCUAAAAUCAGCGAAAUCAGUUCUGGUCGAAUAAACAGUGAAUUCAAUGAAACAACUGUGAAUCUAAAUGAAAUUCCAGAUACUCGUCAUUCACCAAUAUCAACGACUAUAAGUGACACAGAAGAGAAUAUAAAGGCAGUUCAUGAAUUUCCUCAACAACAAACAGAACAAAAAGACGAAGAUACAUUAAACUCGUCAAUAAUAUUAAAAUUGACAAAUACUGAUGCUCGAGAUCUUCAAUCAAUGCCAUUGAAACCCAGCGAGCUAGUUUAUAAGGGCUCAGCUAUCAUUUUAGGAUUAGAUAACAAUAACAUAAAAGUAGAGACGGUUAAUCCUGAGAUCCAUCAUGGGAAGGAAAAUUUCGAAACAUCAAGAAUUUCAGUAGAGCAGCUUACACAAAAGAAAUUACACGACACACUACAAAAUUACACUCAUGAACCAAUACAAUCAGAGGAGUCAAAUACCGAAGUUUUUGAAGAAUUUAUUACUAAAUUUAUACAAGGGCAAAAUAAUAACAGUCCAUCUGCCCUCAAAACGAAGAAGACAACGAUUUGUCAAAAAAAUAAGAAUAAUAAUAAAAAACAAAAUACGAUAAUAAUCGAAGAAGAAAUGGAAAAUAUUGACUUGAAAACAUGGGAUAUUCCGAAAAAUGAGUUUUUGCAAAUACAAGAAGUAGAUGAUUCAGAAGAUACUGAAUUAAUAAAUCCUACUAAAAUAGAAGAGAUAGAAGAAAUUGAAACUAAUGCCGAACAGUUAAUCUACCCUGAAGAUCAUAUACAGCGAACUCGUCUAAAUAAAACAAAAUUAGAAACACUUAUUCCGAUAAUUGAUCAUCGAAAACCUUCACUAAGCUUAGGACACGAGCGUAAAACACUUAGAGGUCCUAACGAUCUAAUAGUACCAAUCAAGAAAUGUGUUGAAGAAGAGAUUUCAGACAUUGAAACGACCAAAGUGACAAACAAUAGCAUUGACAUUGAAACCACUGAUAGUUUUGAUACAGAUGUUUUCAUAGACGAGACAACUUCUAGGCUGGCAUUAUUACGAAGAUCAAUUAGUCAACGAAAAGAAAAUGAGAUGAAAAAAGAUAUAGUUCAAAAAACCAUUGAGGAAAAAAACAUGUCUUUAGACUUGUUUACUUCAAAACCCGAUCAGUCUAACCCUAGACAAGAAUAUAACCAAGUUAAACAUCCACUAACACAGAUAAUUUUGUCAGAUACAAGAAUUGAAACGAGUCAAGAAAAAACCUCCUUCACGGAAACAAUAAAAGAGCAUGCGAUGAGUAGCCUUGUUAUUGACGAUACAAAAAUACCAUAUGCUUCUGAUGUUGUCGAGACUUUUGAUCUUUCAGCUGACUUCUCCGGUUCUGAUACUUCAUAUUCAGGAGAGACUUCUUUCUUGACUAUACCGGAAAUAGAAAUGAAAAAAAUGAUCUCUAAAAAAAAACAAAAAUUUGUAAUUGAUGUUGAUAACGAAGAAUCAGAAAAAUUAGAUUCUUCGAAGAUCAAAGAAAUAAUUCAUGGGGAACUGAUGAAUACAAAUCAAGAAAAGAGUCUACCAGAAAAGAUUUUGAAAGAGUAUUUUGUGUAUUCAAAUUUUCUCGAAAAUAAAGAUGAAUUAUCUGUUCCUAACGUUUUCGGAGUGCUUGACAUCCAGGGUAAUACUAAUAUCUUGACCCGGAAUUCCGUAGAAUCCAAUCAACAAUUGAACGUUGAUCAUCCAAUUUCAGCAGUAGAAUCGACGACUUUAGAUACGAAAAGAACCAAAAAAAAUAAAAAAAUCGUUCACCAGAAACCCACGGUAAAAUCAUUACAAAAAGGUGAAACAGACCAUAAUAAUGAAAAUUUCUCUCUACCAAUCAGUACACAGCCAGCUGACGAAAAGAUUUCAACAACCGAUAAAGUCAGUGUGUUUCCUCAGAUCAUUCAGCCAAAAAUCGUUGAAACGAAAUCCACAGAUGAUUUUGAAAACAAAAUAAAAGAAACAAUGAACGAAGAAACGAAUUCUUUCAGCUCACUUCUUCCAGAAAAUAAUGAGCCUACUUUGAUAGAAAAUCAUAGCAAAUUAAUAUUUACAUCGGCAGAAGUUUUAAUGUCUGAUGAACUAAUGAAUACAAAUGAAACAAAAAGCGUGCCGAUAAAUAUGUCAAAAAAGAGUGCUGUCAGUACACGUGUCAUCGAAAAAAGAAAAGAGUCACUGCCACCUAACAUUUCCGAAGUACUUGAUAUAAGGGUCAACACUAAUAUCGUGAUCCCGAACUUCAUUGAAUCCAAUCAGCAAAUGGAUCUCCAUUCUAUUAUUCUCGCAGCAGAAACGACGCUUUCGGAAAAACCGAUAUCAAAAAAAAAGAAAAAAAUUGUUAUCCAAAAAUCUUCUGUAAAAUCGUUACAAGAAGAUAAAAUAGAUGGUAGUAAUUUAAAUUUCUGUUCAACAGUCAUUGGACAGCCGUUUAACGAAAAAAUUUCAGGAACCGAUAGUAUUAGCAUGUUCCCUGAUAUUAUUCAGCCGCAAAGUAUUGAUAAUAUUGAUUCAAAUACUGACGGUUGUACGUCACAGGAAGAGAGAGAAUUAGAAUAUGUACCAGAAAAAAUUUUAACAGCACAUGAACCAAUGAAAACUUGUGGGAGAACGAUCCCAUCCCUUACCGACGUUAGUAAAGUACUUGUUACCAACCCAUCCACUCAGAAUACCGUAGCAGUUGAAGAACAAAUGAACCUUGACUAUUCCAUUUUAACAACAAAAGUGACAGAAAAAACAAUUGAUAAAACGAAAAUAAAAAUUGCCCACCAAAUGUUCUCUGAAAAACCUUCACCAGAAAACGAAACAAAUGAGGUCUCCGAAGAUAUUUUUUCACCAGUUAGUGUAUUCCCUGUUGACAUAAGAAUUUCAGCGACCAAUGAGGUAACCGAGUCUCCCUCUGUUAUUGGAAAGACAACGACUGUUUAUCUCGAUUCAAAUAUUUUCAGUGAAGAAGCAACUCAUAAGCUGUCCUCAUCGGAAGUAAAAGAGAAUAGAGUCAAUUUUCGUGAAAAAUUGGAGUUUUUGAAGGAUGAUGAUAAAAUAGAAUUAGUUGAUUCAAAUCUUUUAAAGGUAAAAGGAAUAGUUAAGAAAAAAACCAUUCCUUUAGACUCCUUUGUUGUUCAAGAUAAUCAUGUUAUUGCAAUGAAAGAACAUAGCAAACCGAUAUUCUUAUCAGCAGAGAUGUUAACGCUUAAUGAACUGUUUGAAACAUGUCAAGAAAUAAGCGUACCCAAAAAGGUAGUAAACGACCAUGUCUAUAGUAUGAUGCAAGAUAAAAUUAUAUCAUCGCAUCUCGACGUUGCCGAGGUGCUCGAUAUGACCAUCGAUAAAAAUAUACCGACCGAAGAAAUUGAAGAUGAUCAGCAUAACAAUCACAAUUCUUCUGCUACAGCAACGAAACUGACAGCUUCCGAAAGGAUAAGACUAAAGCAACAAAAACCUGAUGCAUACAAGGCUGCCGAAAAACCUCAUUUAUUAAUCAGUGAGAAACCUGUCGAUAGGAUAAAAGUCUUUUCCGAUUUUAUAUCCCCGAACAUUGAUGCCAAUCUUACUUCGAAUAUUCUUGAAGGAGAAGCAAGUUCCAUCCUUGGCUCACCAGACGAGACGGUGAAAAAAUCAAUAAGUCGCGGGAAAAUUGAAAUCAUGAUAGACAAUGAUAAAAUUAAACUAGGGGACUCAUCAAAUUUUCCGGAGCUUGAAAAAACCAUUGAAGAGAAAUUAACUCCUUUUAGUUGCUCCGUUACGAAACUUGUACAGCCGAAUGUAAUAAAGGAUCAAACCGAACUGAUUUUAACAUCAGUAGAGAUAACAACGCCAGAGAGCCCAAUUGAGGAAAUUAAGAUCACAAAAGACCAUGCUGUCAGUACCAAUGUAAUUAAAGAUGAAAGACUAUCAUCUCUCUUUGCUGAUCUCGAGAUUCUCGAUAUAAAAGAGGCCAGUGAGUCGCCCCAAACUGACGUAGAUCAAAUGAUCGUCCUUGAUCGUUCUAUUUUGGCAACAGAAGAAAUGGUUUCGGUAGAAGCAUCGGCGAGAAAAAAAAAAAAGAUUGCCAAUCUACAAUUUUCGGUUGAACCGUCAUUGAAACUUGAAAUGUGCGAAAAAAAGAUGCAUCUAAAUCAACAUGCUAUUAGUCCGGGUAAAAUUAAACAUAAUGAAAUAACAUCUUCUUCUGUCGAUUCAGAAAGAUAUGAUGGUAUGAUUGAACUUAAAGAACCAAAUAACGUGUAUCAAUCCGCUGAGUAUUUGACUCCUUUAGAAAACUUAUCUACACCAUCCAUUGGCACGAAAAAUCUUCAUAUGACAGUUGACCGAUCGUUGUGCAAAUUAAGGGACACUACCCAGACUUCAAAGAAAAAAAGUAAUGAUGAUCAAUCAAUAGAAAACAACAACGAUUUGAACACUACAUUACAAAUACACGAGAAACUGAUACAUGACUUUACACCAAAUCAAAAUGCUUACGAGUCUGUAAUUUUCGAAGUUUCUCCAGAAUUGGCUGUUACUACGAACGUUUGUGAAGAACAUGCAGAACAAAGUUUCGUACAUGAUUACUUUAUUGGGAAUGAACAUAAAAGUAUUGCAAGUAUUCAAGAUAAAAGUUUAGCUGAAGUUUCAAUCUCUACUAAUGAAACUUCAUAUGUCCCUGAAAUGAAUACAGAAAGUCUAACAAAAAAAAACGUUGAACUCGAAGACAAUGUUAUUGCUGGCCCUCUUUCUAACAUAUCAAGAGUGCUUCAUCAAAACACUCAAGACAAUAAUGUUCAAGAUUCCUCAAUUCUUUCUUUCUCACAGAAACUUGAACUACAAUAUUUAGAUGUUGACUCAAAAUGUAAAUUCGAUAGCUCAUUUGAAAUAAUAGCCGGAGACUUGACCGAAGCCCCACAUUUAGAAAUGGUUUCAUCUGGAAUGAUAAUGGAAGAACCACACACAGAAGUGAUUAAAGAAAAAAACUCAAUAUUACUACAAGAUGAGAAUAGCAAAAACAGAAAAAAAUUAAAAAAGACAAAAAAAAGACAAACAGAGGUAUCUCAAAAAAAAGAAUGGGAAAAUUGGAUAGAACCUGAUUACGAGCGACCAGUCUUAGAGUCCAUGCCUGAAAAGGUUCCUCGGGAAUAUGUAAACGAUAAAAAUGUUAAUCAUGAAACGAAAAAACUACUGAAACCUGUUCAACUUAAACUCAAUGAAGGUGUCAAUAAACCCAAUAAGCUUUUAUUUACCCACUCUCAGGAACAACCGCAAUUCGGAACAAUCAAGUUGCGACAAGCAGUUACUACAAAAAAAAAAAAAAUCUCUUCAUUACAGUUACCCAAGUUUAUGCUUCGAAGUCGAAUAACGUUCGUCAAUGAUUUCCCAUCUGAAUAUAAAUAUUCAGUCUUAAGUUCUAUUGCACCCAACUUUAUACAAAGCGGUAUAUUGUCACGAAGCGUAGAAGAAGCUGUUGAACAUUCGAAAAGAAAAAUUGAAAAAUUGAGAUUUCCUGCGUUAGAUAAGCUUGAACUAAAGUCUCCGAAAAUUGAAAAACCUAAUGAAAGUCAUAAUGAAUUAUCUUACCACCAGCAAUUGAACGAAUCUGCUUAUGAUGACGAUUCAUCAAUUAUAAGUAUGGAUCAAUUCUCUGUGGCUAAAAUCGUAGAAGAACCUGUAGAAUCAGAACUACAGAAACCGACGCAGGACCAGAACGAAGAUGAAGAAUUAGUGAAAGGAGAACCAUUGUGUUUCCAAGACAACACACCUAAGGAGAGGAUUUCGACAGAUGUAGAGCCAAUCGUCGACGGAAAAGAUGAAACUCAUAAUUCUAAAGAUAUUAUUCUGAAAAAGCCAAUUAUUAUUGAAAAUGUAACAAAAAAUAUUGUAUCAAAAAAAUUAGUCAUUAUUGAACCGGAUUUCCGAACAGAGCGCAAAACACAAGACAUAAAGUUGAAGAAGAGACAAACAAAAAAAGUACAGCUUGAAAAAAGUUUUGAAAAAAGCAGUAAUGAUGAACAAAACAAUCAAGAACUUGAAAUACAAACAGUUAUUCAUCAAGCACUGUCAGGAAAAAUCUUAACGAUUGAACAACCUGAAGAAGUAGUCACUGAAGAGAAACAUGUCCCGAAACGUCUCAAAUUUCAACAAGUACGGGAAAAAGAUGAAUUUCCGUCAGAUGAAGUGAAAGUAAUGGAACAUGAUUCUACGGAAGUGACUUGUGACGAUAAAAUCAGAAAAACAGCAAUUGGUACAGUUAACAUUAAAUUUCCGAAUGAUAUCCAAGAACCAAUAAUCACGAAUGAGAAGAAAACCAAUGAUAUUGUAAUUGAUAGAUCAAAAAUAGAAACAAAAGUUCCUUAUUCAUCCGAAAAUAAAAUGGAAUAUAUGACGGAGACGACCACAUUGCAAGAAAAUCAACACUUACAAAUCGAUGUAAAAAAAUGUGCUGUAAAGAAAGCAGACUUGUCGGAAGACAAUAAUAGAUUACAGCAAUCUGUCAUUGCGAAACAUACACAAUCUGAACAAACAGAUACUGAAGCUUUGAAAGAAAAAUUAGGAACAACUGUCACUCCAUCGGGAUUAGACAAUACACUGAUUAUCGGACAAUUAGUGAUUACAGAACCUACAGAACAAUCAGAAUAUAAAGAUACGAUAUCAGUAAAAACACAACAUAAGAAAAAACCCAUUACAAGGAAAGUUGCAAAUAAACGUUCUGAAAAAAUGCCUAUUUCCACAAUGGAGAUGAAGCCAACUGAUAAUAUAAUUGCUGAAACUGAUGAAUUUAACUACACGAAUCAGUUAAAUUUCAACAAAAAUAUUAAUAUAGAUAAUGUUGAUCAACGACUAGAAUACAUAACAUCAGACACAAUUUUGGAAAAAAAAAAAGAUGAAAUAGUGGCACCUCAGAAGAGUAUUGCUGAAGAAACAACCAGCGAGGUCAAAAACCAAAAGCCCGAAAUUGAAGUUGUGCCAAAAGAGAUGAGUACCAAUAAAACAUCAGUUGGAAAGGAUGAGAAUAAAGUUGAACCGUCAGUAGAAGACGACAUAACAGUACCAGCUAUUGUGAAACGAAAACUCAAGAAACAACGGCUCAAUGAUUUAACAAUUGAACAAAAAAUUAAGACGGAACAAAACUAUGAAAAAUCAAAUACUAAUCUGAAAACUAUGACAAAUACUGUAACUUCGAAAGGAAAGUUGAAAAAAACUAUCACAUUAUCGGGAUCAGACAGAAAACUGACGAUGCCACAAUUAGCGAUCACAGAAUUUGAAGACGAACCUCAAUAUAGAAACAGUAUACAACACACCGACUAUGGGAACAAUGACGACAGUUUACCUUUAGAAGAAAAAUUUGACCACCCAAAUCAAGAAUUACUUGAUGUAACUUUAGAUCAUGAAGUCAUCAGUAAAACUAUCGAUGGAGAUGACUUAGAAAAACACCUAGAGUAUAUACCAACAGAUAUAGUUUCGAAAAUAAUAACAAUACAAAAGUUAAAACCUGAAAAAUUUGUUGAUGAAGAAAAACACAACUUCGACAACGACGAGCCCAAGCACGCAGUUGUGACGAAAGAAUCUAGUGUCACUGAAAAACCGAAUGGAAAGCAUGAGACAAAAGUUAUAUCACCACUAGGAGACGAAAAAACAAUGGCAGCUAUCAGAACAUUGAAACCUGAAGAUAAACCGCUAAUCAACGAAACAAUAGAUCAGAUCAUAAUCAAAGAACGAAGCCCUGAAACAAUGAACGAUAAUCUACAUACUACGGCAGAUACUGUAACUUUAGACAAAAAAUUGGAAAAAACUGUCGCUUCAUCGAGAUCCAACGAUACACUAACAAUAGAACAAUUAGCGAUUACGGAACCCAAAGAACAACCACAAUAUGAGAAUAAAAUCUCAGUAACAACAAAACGUAAGAAGGAACCCAUCACGAAGGAAGAUGCAAAUAUGCUUCCUGCCGAAAUUUCUCUCUCCACAAUGGAAUUCGAGCCAACUGACUAUGGAAUUGCUGACGACGAUAAAUUUGACUAUACAAAUCAGGAAACACUCGACAAAACUAUUGAUAUAGAUAUUUCUGAUCAACAAUUGGAAUAUAUAACACCAGGCACAUUAUUGAAAAAAAAAACAAAAGGAAUAUUCGAACCCCAAAACGUUAUUGAUAAAGAAUCGACUAAAAAGAACCAAGUGCCCGAAAAUAAAGUUGUGACAAGAAAGAUUAGUAUCGCUGAAAAACCGAUUGAAGAUAACGAGACUACCGUCUACAUAGAAGUGAAAGAGGACAUAGAGGCUGAAGCGAUUGUAAAACGGAAAUUCAAUGAACAACCGCUAGUCGACGAAAUUAAAGAACAAAUGAUUAUUAAAAAACAAAGCCUUGGAACAUCAAACGAUAAUGUAAAUACUUUGACAGAUACUAUAACUUUGAAAAAAAAAUCGAAAAAAACCGUCACUUCAUCGGUAUCUGACGAUACACUCACAAUGGAACAAUUAGCGAUUACAAAACCUGACGAACAACCUCAAUAUGACGAUAAAAUCUUGGUGACAACAGAACGUAAGAAGAAACCAAUCACUAAGAAUGUAGCAAAUAUGCUUCCUCAAAAAAUUCUUCUCUCCACAAUAGAAUUCGAGCCCACAGAGUAUGAAAUUGCUAAUGACAGUCCACAUCUAAGGGAUGUAUUUAACCUUAAAAACCAGGAACUAUUAGACAAAACUAUCGAUAUAGAUGACUCUGUUAAACAAUUAGAAUAUAUAACAACAGACAAAGUUUUGGAAAAAAAGAAAGAAAAAAUAUGUGAACCCCAAGAGGUUAUCAAUAAACAAACAACAAAGAAGAACCAAGUGCCCGAAAAUACCGUUGUGACAAAGAAAAUUAGAAGUGCUAAUAAAUUGAUCAGAAAAUCGAGUAAAAAGGAUGAGACAAACGUUAUAUCGCCAAUAGAAGACAAAAUAACAAUGGAAGAUAUCAGAACAUUGAAACCUGGAGAUCAACCGCUCAUCAACGAAACAAUAGAUCAGCUCAUGAACGAAGAACAAAGCCCUGAGACAAUGAACGAUAAUCUACAUACUACGGCAGAUACUGUAACUUUAGACAAAAAAUUGGAAAAAACUGUCGCUUCAUCGAGAUCCAACGAUACACUAACAAUAGAUCAAUUAGCGAUUACGGAACCCAAAGAACAAACACAAUAUAAGAAUGAAAUCUCAGUAACGAAAAAAAGUAGGAAAAAACCCAAUACGAAGAAAGAUGCGAAUAUGCUUCCUGACGAAAUUUCUCUCUCCACAAUGGAAUUCGAGCCAACUGACUAUAAAAUUGCAGACGACGAUAAAUUUGACUAUACAAACCAGGAAACACUCGACAAAACUAUUGAUAUAGAUAUUUCUGAUGAACGAAUAGAAUAUAUAACACCAGGCACACUUUCGGAAAUAGAAAAAGCAGAAACAGUUAAAUAUAAAGAGGUAAUUGAUAAAAAAAAAACUGAGAAGAACCAAGUGCCCGGUAAUCGAGGAUUGACGAAGAAAAUUAGUAGUGCUGAGAAACCGAUUGGAAAUGAUAAGACUAACGUUGAAACACUAGUAGCAGACGAUAUAACGGUAGAAGCUAUUGUGAAACGGAAACUGAAAGAACAACCACUAAUUGACGAAACAAUAGAACAAAUAAUAAUUAAAAAACAAGGCCCUGAAACAUUGACCGAUAAUUUAGGUACUAUGGCAGAUACUAUAACUUUGACUUCAGCGGGAUCUGAUGAUACACUGACAAUGGAACAAUUAGCUAUUACGGAACUGGAAGAACAAUCUCAAUAUGAAAAUAAAAGCUUAGUAACAACAAAACGUAAGAAGAAACUUAUCACCAAGAAAGUUGCAAAUAUACUUCCUGACAAAACUUCACUUUCCACUAUGGAAUUCGAGCCAACAGACUCUGAAAUUGCCAACGAAAGUCCGCAAUUGACCGAUAAAUCUGACCAUACAAACCAGGAAACUCUCGACAAAACUAUUUAUAUAGAUAUUUCUGAUCAACAAGUAGAAUAUAUAACACCAGACACAGUUUCGGAAAUAAAAACAGCAGAAACAGUUAAACCUGAAAAGGUUCUUGAAGAAAAAAAAACUGAGAAGAACCAAGUGCUCGGAAAUCAAGUUUUGACAAAAAAGAUUGGUAGUGAUGAGAAACCGAUUGAAGAUAAUAAGACUGACGUUGAAACACUAGUAGGAGACGAUAUAACAGUAGAAGCUAUUGUGAAACGGAAUCUGAAAGAACAACCGCUAAUAGACGAAACAAUAGAACAGAUAAUAAUUGAAAAACAAAGCCCCGAAACAUCGGACGAUUAUCCAGGUACUAUGGCAGAUACUAUAACUUUGACUUCAGCGGGAUCCGAUGAUACACUGACAACGAAACAAUUAGCUAUUACGGAACCGGAAGAACAAUCCCAAUAUAAAAAUAAAAGUUUAGUAACAACAAAACGUAAGAAGAAACUUAUCAGCAAGAAAAAUGCAAAUAUACUUCCUGACAAAACUUCCCUACCCACUAUGAAAUUCGAGCCAACAGACUAUAAAAUUGCUAAUGAAAGUCAACAAUUGACCGAUGAAUUUGACCAUACAAACCAGGAAACACUCGACAAAACUAUCGAUAUAGAUAUUUCGGAUCAACAAUUAGAAUAUAUAACACCAGACACAGUUUCGGUAAUGAAAACAGCAGAAACAGUUAAACCUGAAGAGGUUCUUAAUAAAAAAAAAACUGAGAAGAACCAAGUGCUCGGAAAUCAAGUUUUGACAAAGAAGUUUGGUAGUGUUGAGAAACUGAUUGAAGAUAAUAAGACUAACGUUGAAACACUAGUAAACGACGAUAUAACAGUAGAAGCUAUUGUGAAACGGAAAUUAAAAGAACAACCACUAACUGACGAAACAAUAGAACAAGUAAUAAUUAAAAAACAAAGCCCUGAAACAUUGACCGAUGAUUCAGGUACUAUGGCAGAUACUAUAACUUUCACUUCAGCGGGAUCCGAUGAUACACUGACAAUGAAACAAUUAGCUAUUACGGAACCGGAAGAACAAUCUCAAUAUGAAAAUAAAAGCUUAGUAACAACAAAACGUAAGAAGAAACGUAUCACCGAGAAAGUUGCAAAUAUACUUCCCGACAAAACAUCUCUUUCCACUAUGGAAUUCGAGCCAACAGACUCUGAAAUUGCUUACGAAAGUCCGCAAUUGCCCGAUAAAUUUGACUAUACAAACCAGGAAACCCUCGACAAAACUAUUGAUAUAGAUAUUUCUGGUCAACAAGUAGAAUAUCUAACACCAGACACAGUUUCGGGAAUAAAAACAGCAGAAACAGUUAAACCUGAAAAGGUUCUUGAAGAAAAAAAAACUGAGAAGAACCAAGUGCUCGGAAAUCAAGUUUUGACAAAAAAGAUUGGUAGUGAUGAGAAACCGAUUGAAGAUAAUAAGACUGACGUUGAAACACUAGUAGGGGACGAUAUAACAGUAGAAGCUAUUGUGAAACGGAAACUGGAAAAACAACCGCUAAUUAAUGAAACAAUAGAACAAAUUAUAAUUAAAAAACAAAGCCCUGAAACAUUGAACGAUAAUUCAGGUACUAUGGCAGAUACUAUAACUUUCACUUCAGCGGGAUCCGACGAUACAUUGACGAUGGAACAAUUAGCGAUUACUGAACCCGAAGAACAAUCUCAAUAUGAAAAUAAAAGCUUCGUAACAACGAAACGUAAGAAGAAACCCAUCACGAAGAAAAAUGAAAAUAUACUUCCCGAAAAAAAUUCUCUCUCUACAAAGGAAUUCGCGCCAACUGUUGAUAUAGUUGCUAACAAUAAUUCACAAUCGAACGAUAAAUUUGACCAUAACAAAACCGUUGAUAUGGAUCAACAACUAGAAUUUAUAACACCAGACACAGUUUUGGAAAUAAAAAGAGAAGAAAUUAUUAAACCUAAGCAAGUGCCCGAAACUGAAGUUGUGACAAGAAAGAGAGGUAGCGCUGAAAAACUGAUUAAAGAUCAUAAUACUCACGUUGAAACACUAGUAGAAGACGACAUAGCAGUAGAAGCUAUUGUGAAUCGGAAGCUAAAGGAAAAACCGCUACUUGAUGAAACAAUAGAACAAAUAAUAAUCAAAAGACAAAGGUCUGACAUUUUAAAUAAUGAUCUAGAAACUAUAGCCGAUACGAUAAGUUUAAAAGAAAAAUUGAAAAAAUCUGCCACCAUAUCGAACUCGGACGAUACACUGACAAUGCAACAAUUGGCAAUCAUGGAAUCCGAAGAUCAUUCUGAAUCAGAAGUGCAAGAGACUACAAUAAUGACACAACGUCAGAAAAAACCGAUUGUGAAGAAAAUUCCGAGCAGGUUCUCCGAAGAAAACUUCUUAAUUGAAAUUCCCAGAGAUAGUUUAGAAUCUGCCGAGGAAUGUGAUUCCAUAAAACUGUCUAACCAAAUUCCUGAUUGUUCAGUUUCCAAUAAAAACAAUAGUCCAAAUGACUUAGAAGAUGUUGACAUUAUUACGCUUAGAAGAAAGCCACCAAAAACAAUACCAAAAGCAGUCCAAGAUAUUUUUGAAAACAUCACUCUUCAAAGUAUACGAUCUCAAAAAAAAACGCGUAAACAUAUCAAUGAACUCACCGAAGCAGAAAAUGUUACAUACCGCCCUCGAUCAACAAAAGUAAAAGAGGACGUAGAUCAGGAAUUUCAAAUUUCUUUGGAUACUUACGAAGAAGAGAAUAUUUCGAUGUCUGGUAAGAUCCGCCUGAAAUCAAAAAAACGUCCACCAACUUUUUCUGAGGAAACCGAUGCAGAAACAAUUGAGGUCAUCAAUGAAUUUGAGAAUAGUGAAGGCUCACAGAAUAGCGAUGUCGUCACAGAAGCUGAGUAUAGUGACGAAGAUUUGCAAGCUAGUAAAUUUAAUUUACGUUUAUCUAAGCUGAAAAGAAAGAACGAAAAAAGCUGUGAAAAAAUAAACAUAGGAGAAGCAAGUCUCAGUAUCUCUCUCCAAAGUGAUAUGCAUGAACUCAACGGAGAAAAAUUCCAUGAAUACGAAAGUAAUUCAAUGUUUUCUAUUUGCCCAUACAUUGCUGAAACUGAAGAGGCACUUAACCUUACAGAAGGAGAAAGAGUGAAAAUUAUUGAUCGCAGUAACCAUGACUGGUGGUUCAUCAAAAAAUAUAUUUCAGAAGAAACUGGGUGGGUCCCGGCUCAGUACUUACUCAACAAAGAGCAGUAUACCACCUACUUACAAAGAAAAAUUCAUAGAAAAAUUGACAGGCUCCCCAUAUUCGAAAAAGCGACUGAGACAUCUUUAGCACCCCGUUUCCUCGAAAAACUAAGACCUCAACACACUCUGUAUGGAUGUAAUGCUCAAUUCGAGACUCAAGUCGAAGGUGUUCCUAGACCUCAAAUUACUUGGUUUAAACAAUCUGCUGUUAUAAAACCAUCAUCAGAUUUUCAGAUAUUCUACAACGAAGACAAUUUAGCGACUCUUUUUAUUAAAAAAGUUUUUUCCGGAGAUACCGGAAUAUAUACUUGUGUAGCGAAAAACGCUGCAGGUUUCGCUUCCACUACAACUGAACUAACUGUUGAAGGGCUACGUUUGGACCAUUCAAGAAAUAGUCAUUCACAUGAAUCUUCAUUUGCUGAAAUUUUUGAAGGAGUACCACCAAUAUUUUGCCAAAAACCAAAAACUCAAUGUGUGAUCGAAAAUUCAGACGUUACUUUGAAGUGCGAAUUAAUUGCAGUACCAAAACCAGAAAUAUCCUGGUAUCAUAAUGAUACAAAAAUUGAUAAUGAUAGUAAUAUAACUAUCACUACAAAAAAUUAUAUGUACAAUUUCUGCAGUAUUAUGAAAAUUCAAAGUGUACAAGAAAAUCAGGCGGGUUCUUAUAAAAUAAAAGCUAAGAAUCGAGAAGGUGAAGCAUCAAUUGAUACAUUUCUAAAAGUAAAGACGUGUGACUCUGGAGCCCCUGAGAUUCUAGAACCUUUGAAAUCAUUCAUAAUUCAUGAAGGUAAAACUAUCGUGUUGUCAACACAUAUUAUUGGAACGCCUAUGCCGAACAUCACAUGGCUAAAAAAUGGAAAACCAUUAGAAGGAUUUUUACCUACGCAAAAUGGUGAUGUUAAUUCACUGACACUUGUUGACACUAAAGUGUCAGAUAAAGGAGUAUAUUCAUGUACUGCGUCAAACAAUUUAGGUACUGUCACUACAGAAGCUGCUGUUGACGUUCAAGAAAACGGAUCUUUCGAACCACCAUUUUUUACCAAGCGCUUUGAUGAAUUGGUUGUUCCUGAGAAUAGCACAUUUAAACUCAUUGCAAAAGUUGAAGGCAAUCCUAAACCCGAGAUCACAUGGUUCAGAAAUAACGAGCCAUUGGAAAAGUCUUUGAACAUCAAAGAGAUUUAUGAUGGCGAAAAUAUUAUUCUCACAAUAAUAAAUGCUGAUUCUGAAACGAAUUCAGGAAAAUACGAAUGUAAUGCUCGCAAUUCUGUUGGCAUAGCUUCUCAUGGAGCGAAAAUUACAGUUGAUGUUGCCUGUCCAGUAUUUAUCAAAAACCUCCCCGAUGAAUUGUCUAUACAAGAAUUCAAGACUCUAGAACUGAUGUGUGAAACGUCACACACUGUUUCCACAAUUUGGUGGCAUAAUGAAGCUGUGAUAAGUGGAAUGGAUCAUCACGAGAUCGUUCAAGACAAUCACCAGCACAAGUUAAUAAUAAAAAAAACAAGUAUUCUGGAUGAAGGCCUCUACAAAUGCACAGUUAAAAAUCAAAGUACAAGUUGCCGUGUCUCUGUGAAGCCUGUUAAGCCAGAGUUCUUAAGAACGUUACAAGACUUCGAAGUUACAGAAAAUGAUGCUGCUAUUCUCGAAGUUGAGAUUACUUCUGAAGUAGCUGAUGUAGUUUGGUUUAAAGAUUCUGAACUACUGGAUCUAAAAAAUGAAAGAAUACAAUAUAUAAAGCAAGGACCUGUGCGAAAACUAGUACUCUCCAAUAUAUCGGUGCAUGAUGAAGGUGAAUAUAUGUGUAAGCUGUUCGAUCAAUCGUGCACUGCUGAAGUUACUGUGGUUGAGUUACCACCGAAAAUUAUAACAAAAAUGAAAGAUGUGAGAACUGCAUUUGGUGACAGAGCUAAGUUCGAAAUUGAAUUAACAAAAGGUGAUGCUUUAGUUCAUUGGUUUAAGGAUGGCACAGAACUCCAGUUUUCAGAACACGUUCGACUGUCUAUCGACGGUAAACGUCAAAAACUGAAAGUAUACAAUGUUCAACACGAUGAUGCUGGUCUUUAUGUAUGCCAAGUAGGAUGCCAAACUUCCGAAGCGAACCUCAUUGUUGAACGACCUGACGUUGAAUUUAUUAAACGGCUCCCUGACAUAACACUUGUUCCUUUAGACACUGACGCAUCAUUAGUAAUCGAGAUAUCAAAAUCUGAUGUUCCGGUCCAGUGGUUUAAAAAUGGAAUAAAAGUUGAAGAAUCCAAUAAGUACGAAAUAGUCAACAACGACUUUAUUCGAAAACUUAUUAUCAAAGAAUGUUCAGUGGAUGAUGUUAUGGAGUAUACAGCUGUGAUAUCAAAUGUGAAAACAUCAACACAACUCGAAAUUGAAGUCUUUCAAUCUCCACCAAAGAUUUGCGUUGAAUCUGCGAAAGCAUUUACAGUUAAUAGAGGUGAAAAUAUUGAGAUGCCAGUAAAAUUUUCUGCGUCACCAAAACCAAUUGAUAAAUGGAGUAGUAAUGGACUAAUUCUGAAUGAUUCAGAACGUAUGUUCACUACAGUUGACGACGAUCUUGCUACACUGACCAUUAAAAACGUGCGAAGGGAAGAUUCAAAAAAUUAUACACUAAAACUGACAAACCCAUACGGUGAUGCGAGCACAAACAUUCACCUUAUCGUUAGAUGUGAACCUGAGAUACCUCAAGGACCAUUAUUUGUUAAAGAUAUUGCUGACGAUUCUGUUACAAUUGAAUGGAAACCACCGAUUGAUGAUAACGGCUAUCCGAUCGUGAAAUAUCUCAUUGAAAUGUUGAAAAUUACAGAAGAAUCGUGGAUGAAAGUUGGAGAGGUUGAUAACAAUAGUGUAACUUAUCGUAUUAUGAAUUUAGAAAAAGAUAGUUCAUACAUAUUCCGACUAAUGGCAAUGAAUGAGAUAGGUUUUUCAGAGCCACUUCAAUCAUCAAAAGUUAAAAUUGAAUCUAUUUUCAAAAAGCCUGGACCUCCUACAGGACCAUUGGAAAUAUUGGGGAUGACAACAACAUCUUUCACAAUAAAGUGGAAUCAUCCAUCAGUAGAUGGUGGUUUAUCUAUUAUUGACUAUAUUGUAGACAUGAAAGAAACUACUGCAAAAACAUGGCAGCAACUAGGAACGACUAUUUACGAUAAACCAUACAUCGAUGUUACGUCCGUAAAAAUAGGCUCUUCAUACGUAUUUCGAAUAUCAGCUCGGAACACAGUCGGUACUGGAGCGUCAUAUAUAUCUGAGACACCAAUUGUUAUAGGAUAUGAAACCACACCUCCAUCCAGUCCUUUGAAUCUUUGGGUGAGCAGCAUAACGAGCAGAAGUGUAACAUUAAACUGGUCACCACCAACGAGCACAGGAAACUCAGAACUACUAGGUUACAUUAUUGAAAAAAAAUCGUCAACAGACGAAUCAUCGAAAUGGUUAAAAGUAGUAACUUUAGAUGUAAAAGAACACCAAUACUGUCUAGAAAAUUUAAAAGGAAGCGAGUUCCAGUUCAGAAUAUUCGCUGAAAACUAUAUAGGGCUAAGUAUACCAAGUCUCUCUGAGAAAAUAACCCUAAAAACCCAUGCGACAGUUCCGUCAGCACCAACUGCACCUCUUGAAAUUCGGCAAAUUGCAGCCAAUACAGUCAUAAUUGAAUGGGGUAUACCAGAGUCAGAUGGAGGAGCAGCUAUCGAAGAGUACAAAAUUGCUAUAAGAGAUUCGAAAAAAACGAUGUGGAUUGAAGUUGGUAGAGUAAACACAGACAUUCAAAAACUUACUGUUCGAGAACUUCAAGAAAAUCACGAAUAUCUCCUAAGAAUAUACGCGAGGAAUGAGAUUGGAUUUAGCGAGUCACUUAAAUCAGAUGAGCCUUUUAGGAUUAUUCCAGCAUCAGAAUUGACUGUAAUUGAACCCGUUAUUGGUGAAAUGGGUCGUUGUGAGACCGCAUCAGUGAGCUACAGUACAGACAAUACAAGUUCCUGGUUACGAGAUCACAAUAUGGACGCAGAUAUUAGUUCAUAUGCUCGAGCUCGACUGCUGCGAAAAGAUGAAUACUUCUUUCGAAUCUGGCAUUAUGCAAAAAAACUAUUUAGUUAAGCUUCGUACACCUGAUAAGGAUAUGCAAAAAAAAAAGGAGCGAUAUCUCUUCAAUGCUUUUUGAAAGGGAAAAAAAAUGAAUUUGGAGACAAUCUAUUAGAGUUAUUGUGAAUAAACACAUUGUGAUUAACCUGAAACAAUUGUUUCUCUUGAAAUCCAACUUCCAUAGUUCUAUUAAUUAGAUUAUAGAAUACAGACUCGAGAGUUCCGUCUUGUUUGGUUUUUGGUUUCGUAAAGUUUAGCUUGGUUUCAAUUUCAGAUCCGCGACCGUUUUGUUAAAUAUCAACUUUCAGUUUAUUUUUGGUUUUGCUUGGUGUUGUUAAACUGGAUUCUAUUUCUUUUCCAAACAUAAUCCUGAUAAUUUUUUUCGGUAACGCUAUUGGCACUCAAUACGAGGGAAUUUACGGGGACAUUUAUACAGGUUACGAGAAAAUUUACGGUAAAUAUAGCCACCGUUGUAUGUGUAGGACUAAUUACAUUGUGUGUGAAACCCGUAAAUGUCCCCGUAUUUCCCGUAAAUUUCCCCGUAUGAGUGCCAAUAACGAUUUCGAAUUUUUUUUCGUUUUCGGGCAUUAUUCGAUUUACUAUGGACAUUUUCAGGCUAGCGCAGCCUUGAUGGCACAACCACUCUGGACCUUGGCAGGAAUUUUGUGCAAAUUAUGUGCAAUUUAUGUGCGGAAAUAUAAAAUUUUUGUGCAUGAAUAUAUUUUUUUUUUAUCAAUGGCUGAUCUACCUUGAGAAAUUUAGAGCAUAGAUUGCACAUAAAAUGCAAAAAUUUAUGGAUUUCAAUUUUUCUUGCUAUCUUGAUAAACGAAAAAGUUUUGCAAUCUUGGCUUUAAGGUAAAAGAGCCAUUAAUAAAAAAAAAUAUAUUGUCAUGCACAAAAAUUUUUAAUUCCGCACAUAAAUUGUACAUAAUUUGCACAAAAUUCCUGCCAAGGGCUCGAGUAGUUGUUCCAUCGAGGUUGUGCUGGAUGGACCUCACAUUUUCAAGCUAGGACAAAAUCCCAACUUUGACUAAGGUAUUUAUUGACGAUAGUUUAUGAGUAAAAUUCAGCUUUUUUUUUUUUUUUUUUUUGGAUUUUUAGGACCGGUCGUUUGUGGCUUAUAAAUAAUACUUUUUACUAGAGAAUCCUAUCAUUUCGUCUAUGUUAUUGCAUAAUAAAUCAUAUUCUUGUAAUUUGAACAAUUUUUCGUAAUGACCCCGGCAAUAGUACUUUUUUUGUCAGUUUUUUGUGCAACACUGAUCUAGACACCAUACUAUAAUAUCUAUGUCAUGAAUGUAUGUGCGUGUAUACUGUAUGUAGCUGUGUAAAAGCUAAACAUGGAUGCUAAAUUUGCUGUUUAAGUUGACCCGCUCCAAUGCGCUGUUGCCAGAGCCUCAAUACUCGUUCUCAUAAAAUUGCUGAAAGGCGUGUUUUUAGCUUAGAUUUUUAAUAAUUACGUGAGAUUUAGUCUUAUAAGCCGCUUUCAUCCUGGUAUCAAGAAAUUCCUUAUUUUUUCUUUUAUUAUCUAUCAGUUUUUAGGAAAGGUGUCGUUAAUAGAAGUAUUGUUUUGUCAAGUUCGUAGAUAUUUUCCAACACUUCCUCCCAUAAGAACCGAUGUUUAACCUCUCUAAAUUAUGUCAACUUUGAAUAAUUAUUUUUAAAAAAAAAGUCUCAUAACAUAGAAGCUGAAUUGACGAAAAGAUGCAUUAUUAUUUCAUUUAUCUAAAUUAUUAAUUUCAUAUGCUUCCCGUUAGUUUCCAUUUUGGUAAGUUAUACCUUAAAGAAAAAACAACGAAAAAAAAAAUAAACAAAAAAAAAGAUAUGGUAACGUGUGUUGGGGCUGGUGGCCCGCGUUACCCAUUAAAACUUGAAAAUUUUCAAUACUCCGGCUAGGGCCAUUGUGGCCGUGUUACGCAAUUUUUUAAAUAAAAUUAUGUUUAUAAGUUUUUUUUUUCUGGUAAUAAAGUUUCUAGAAAAAUCUAUGGAGAAAGGUUCAUGAAAAUGGCUCUUCAGAAUUUCUUCUUGAAAUGGGCGUUUUUUUUUUUUUAAUACGGUACUUUCAAUAACUUCUCAUAAAAUGCUCGUGGAGACUUCAUAUUAGGCUCAAAUUCAGCGUCAUUCAAAACUCUAUCACGCUCCAACAGAUCCAACUCGUUAUUAAUUUUUUUUUUCCAAGUUACUUCCUGGAAGCCUUACAUAACCUUGCUACGAUAAUCCUAUCAAGAGAUAUCGUGUAAUAUCGUGUGAAAAUCGUAUAGUGAAAAAACUAUAAAUUCGAUAGCUCUCGAUAGGAUCAUCGGAAAGACUUCAUAUUAGGCUUAAAAAAAGCGUCUUCAAAAACUCUAAAGCCGCGUUUAAAAACCAUUUUUCUAGGCAUUAUUGUUUUACGCAAAAAAAAUAAAAAAUAAAACAAGAAUUUUUUUUUUUUUUUUCCCUCAAAAACUAUUUUGCCUGGGGAGAUAAUUUUUCAAUGCGGCUCUAGAGUUUUUAGAAACGCUUUUUCUUAGUCUAAGAUGAAGUCUCUACGAUGAUCUUAUCGAGAGUUAUCGAAUUUAUAAUUUUUGCAAUAUGUGGUUUUUACACGAUAUCGUCCCAAAAACAUAAUCACAGAGAGGUUAUAUUAGGCCCAUUAGAUGCACUUUUUCAAUACCUU